AUGUGGUCCGCGCACGGUCACAAGUCUCAUCUUCUCGGUAGUUCACAAAUUCGAAGAUUUGCCUCCCUGCAGGUACAAGCCACACACGAGGCAGAGAUGCAAGCCCAGAAGUUCAACCUUAAACCCAACGCGGUGGACUUCGGUGACCCCAGUUUCUCCCGUUCCAUCAUUCGCGGAGAAUUCCCCAUCCAGGUGCAGAUCAUUGGCUUGAUCGGAUCGGUAUUCCUGGCUCUUGGUGUCAAUUCCGGACUCGGCGCUCAUAAAGCCGAUCUCACGGAUACUGAAAUCACCUACGCGAUCAAAUACAAUUGGAUCAACCAGACCCUAGGGAUCAUCGCCACGGCGACCGGAAAACUGGCCAUCGUCGCAUUUCUACAACAGAUUCACGGUCUUGAAAGUCGGAAGAAAGUCAUCUUCUUAUGGGGUGUUGGUCUUAGCAAUCUGGUCGUCAAUUUUAUCACCAUUGCCCUCAUCUGGACACAAUGCGACCCUAGCGCGAAGCUAUGGAACGGAGAACUGCCAGGAAACUGUGAUGGGAGAACCCGGAAUCAACAGGUUGCAUAUUUCCAAGGCAGUUAUUCCGCAGUGUGCGAUAUGGUCCUCGCCCUAUACCCAGUCAUGUUCUUCUGGAAUGUGCGACUCAAUCGCAGAGUGAAAAUUGGUCUUUGCGUCUUGAUGGGUCUAGGAGUUGCAGCAUGCGUCUGUGCGAUCGUGAAAACCACAACUCUACGAGUGAUCGCAGAAACAGAAGACGUAACCUAUUACAUGGCCCAACUCAUCAUCCUCAACGAAACCGAGAAAUGGGUCGUCUUCAUCGUCGGCUGCAUCCCUCCUAUCCGACCUCUCCUCAUGAUCGUCUUCCACCGUCUCUUGACCUCCGCCAAAUCUACCCUUGGCCAAACCAAUACAAACCAACAUGGUCGAUCUACGGAGUUACAUUCCUACGCCUACUCCAAACCACAGGUACGAAAUAUGGCUCAGAACUUGGUGAGCGUUUUGGAAGGAAAAGAUAGCGAGGAGAAUCUUGGCGAGGAAGGUGGAAUUAUGAAGACGACGGAGGUGAGGUUGAGCUAUGAAGCUGGUUCAUCUUCGGGUACUGCAUCAAUGCAUCUCGAACAUACCCCGGAAGAAGCUCAUCUACCCCAUGACAGGGUUUAA